GCCAUGGGAAGAGAAGGCGGUUUAGGGAGCGGCGGCGGCUGCAGCGGCGGCGGCGGCUGCUGAGCCCGGGCAGCGUCGGGGACCCGGGGCUGGGGUCGCGUGGGCCUGAGGCCCUCGCGCCAUCGGCCCCAGAGCGGACGCGAACCCGCGCUCUCUCUCCGGAGGCUCGGCUUGGAGGUCCUACAGGUAUGGAUCUCUGGCAGCUGCUGUUGACCCUGGCACUAGCAGGCUCAAGUGAUGCUUUCUCUGGAAGUGAGGCCACACCAGCUAUCCUUGGCAGAUCAUCCCAGAGUCUGCAAAGAAUUUAUCCAGGCCUGGUGACAAAUUCUUCUGGGAAGCCCAAAUUCACCAAGUGCCGUUCACCUGAACUAGAGACUUUUUCAUGCCACUGGACGGAUGGGGUUCGUCACAAUUCAAGGAGCUCAGGAGCCAUACAGCUGUUCUAUAUUAGAAGGAACACUCAAGAAUGGACUCAAGAAUGGAAAGAAUGUCCUGAUUAUGUCUCUGCUGGAAAAAACAGCUGUUACUUUAAUUCAUCUUAUACCUCCAUUUGGAUACCCUACUGUAUCAAGCUAACUAACAAUGGUGGUACGGUGGAUCAGAAGUGUUUCUCUGUUGAGGAAAUAGUGCAACCAGAUCCACCCAUUGGUCUCAACUGGACUUUAUUGAACAUCAGUUUAACGGGGAUUUAUGCGGAUAUCCAAGUGAGAUGGGAACCACCAGCCAAUGCGGAUGUUCAGAAGGGAUGGAUAGUCCUGGAGUAUGAACUUCAAUACAAAGAAGUAAAUGAGACCCAAUGGAAAACGAUGGACCCUGUAAUGUCAACAUCAGUUCCAGUAUACUCAUUGAGACUGGAUAAAGAAUAUGAAGUACGUCUGAGAUCCAGACAAAGGAAUUCUGAAAAAUAUGGGGACUUCAGUGACAUGCUCUACAUAACACUCCCUCAAAUGAGCCCAUUUUCAUGUGAAGAAGAUUUCCCAUUUCCAUGGUUCUUAAUUAUUAUCUUUGGAAUAUUUGGGCUAACAGCGAUGUUAUUUGUACUCAUAUUUUCUAAACAGCAAAGGAUUAAGAUGCUGAUUCUGCCCCCAGUUCCAGUUCCAAAGAUUAAAGGAAUUGAUCCAGAACUUCUCAAGGAAGGAAAAUUAGAAGAGGUGAAUACAAUCUUAUCUAUUCAUGAUGACUAUAAGCCAGGAUUCCACAAUGAUGACUCAUGGGUUGAAUUCAUUGAGCUAGAUAUUGAUGACCCUGAUGAAAAGACUGAAGGGUCAGAUACAGGCAGACUUCUAAACAAUGACCACCAGAAAUCACUUACUAUUCUAGGAGCAAAAGAUGAUGACUCUGGACGUACCAGCUGUUGUGAACCUGACAUUCUGGACACUGAUUUCAAUGCCAGUGACAUGUGUGAUGGUACUUCAGAGGUUGCUCAGCCACAGUGGUUAAAACAGGAAGCAGAUCUCUUGUGCCUUGACCAGAAGAAUCAAAAUAACUCACCUUCUAGCAAUGCUAGCCCCACUACUCAGCAGCCCAGUGUUAUCCUAGCAGAGGAAAGCAAACCAAGACCACUUCUUAUUGGUGGAACUGAGUCAAUUCAUCAAGCUGCCCAGAAUCAACUAAGCAAUCCGAGUUCACUGGUAAACAUCGACUUUUACACCCAGGUAAGCGACAUUACGCCAGCAGGGAAUGUGGUCCUUUCCCCAGGCCAAAAAUGUAAGGCAGGGGUAUCCCAGUGUGACAUGCACCCAGAAGUGGUCUCAGUCUGCCCAGCAAACUUCACCAUGGACAACACCUACUUCUGCGAGGCAAAAAAGUGCAUUGCUGUGGCCCCUCACGUCGAGGUGGAAUCUCAUGUGAAGCCGAGCUUUAACCCGGACGUUUACAUCACCACCGAAAGCCUUACCACUACUGCGGUGAGACCUGGGCCGACAGAAGGAGCUCCAAGUUCAGAGAUGCCUGUCCCAGACUACACCUCCAUCCAUAUAGUACAGUCUCCACAGGGCCUCGUCCUCAAUGCGACUGCCCUGCCCUUGCCUGACAAAGAGUUCCUCACAUCCUGUGGCUACGUGAGCACAGACCAACUGAACAAAAUCCUGCCAUAGUCUUUCUUUGAUUCCCAAGAGCUACAUAUUUAAUAGCAAAGAAUUGAUUGGGACAUGAAUGCUUAAACCAAAACAACGUUUAAACCCUUUUGGGGGGAAGGUAGGGAUGGGUGUGGAUUCUAAAUGCCUUUUCCUGAAAUGCUGAAACAUGAUUAAAAAAAGAAGAAUGUUUAAUCAGAUAGCUGUUCAUGUUGUGAAUUGUAAAUAUUUUAAAGAAUUGUCACAAAAACUGUUUAGUGACAGUGAUUGUCUUAUUAUUGUGGGUGUUAAUUUUGUGAUACUAAGCAUUGAAUGGUUAUGUUUUUAAUGUAUAGUAAAUCAUGCUUUUUGAAAAAGUGAAAAAUCAGGUGUCUUUUGCAGUUCAGGAAAAUCGAAUGUAAAUCAUAGCACAGGCUAAUUUUUUUUUAAAUAAUUGGGAACUAAAGCUAUAGGUAAGAAGGCAAAAAAUAGUUUGGAUACGUAAAACAUUUAUUUUGACAUAAAAUUGAUAAAGAUAUUUUUAAUAAUUUAGACUUCAAGCAUGGCUAUUUUAUAUUACUCUAUACACUGUGUACUGUAGUUUAUGAUGACCCGUCUAAAGAAUAUAGUAACUACAGUCUAAAACUGGUUUAAUGCUUUAGUCAAUGCACCUAAAGGAAAACAAAUAAACAAGUUAGUUUUUUAUAAGGCCCUUUUUAUACCUUCCAAGACUCCUUAAACAAUUUUAAAAUGAUUGUAGUAACCUUUAUUAUUGGAAUGUACGCAUCCAAAUUUUUAAACAAAUAUCUCAUUAAUUUAGAAAGCUAAAAUGUUUACACAGGUCAACUAAACCCUGAACCAAAAAUAAACAAACAAACAAAAAACCCUUUCUUCAACAAAUUUUAGCUCAUGCCAAGAGAGUUACAUGUAAAGAGAAAUAGAAAUUAGAGCCAGUUUAUAUUUACCAGAAUGCUUUAGUGCUGGCUGCACUUGCACACGGAGUGAUUUUUUUAGUGCAUGCGGAUCAUGAGGGGUAAGCCUAUAACCUCUGCAGCUGUAUCUCUUCAAACACAACUGGGUUUUACUUCAUAGUUACCUAAGGAGGGAAGAAGGUACAAGAAGCAUUUUGGAUGUUGAAACAGGUUGAAUGAAGUUAACCACAGAAGUUCAAGAAAAAAGUUUUUGUUUCACAGCCUAUUGCCAGACUCAUACUCAUUACUCAUGGUAACAAAGAUCAGGAGAAAUAAGGUUAAAACCCCACUGAUAAUUCAGACUCUACUUAAACCAAUAGCAGAAAUUCUUCUUCACCAAACUUUUUCCUAGAAUUUAUUUAAGUAAUAAAAGAAAUUUUACCAUUUUUUUCAUUUCCCUUUUGAGAGAUUUGGCCUCACACUGUAGGUAGUCAGAAGAAAAAGAAAAAGAAAUCAUUUAUAAAUGAUUUCUCAAUCCCUUAAUAACCAAAACAUCAUUCAUAGGAACAUUAAUAGCUCUCCAAAAAGUUUAUCAAAAAGAGAAGACUCUUAUGUCACUGAAGAAUGCUUCUCAUUUUAAGUAAUUUUUUAAAAAGCUAAAACUUUAAAUAGUAUUUGCCAAUGAAUUCAGACGUCUUUUGGAAGCAAGCUUAAUGCCCGGUAAUUUUUAAUUAACCUCUCUCUUGCAAGAAGGACAAUGAAGAGCUAGAAUUGGAUGUUUAAAGUUCAAUGUGUAAUUUUGUAAUAGAUGUUCAAUAUAUUUCCUGCUACCUUGCUGCUAUGGUUUUCUUUAAGAGCUACAUAAUUUAGUUUCAUAUAAAAUGUCAUCAAAGUAGAACUUAAUUCAACUUAAAGUUCUGUGUUUGGAAGAACUAUUUCACUAUUUCACAAUAGGCUGACAACAUUUCUAUAGCCAAAAAUAGCUAAAUACCUCAAUCAGUCUCAGAAUGUCAUUUUGGUACUUUGCUGGCCACACAAGCCAUUAUUCACUAGUAUGACUAGUUGUGUCCUGCAGUUUAUAUUUAACUUUCUUUACAUCUGUGGAUUUUUUUCUUCAAAGUUUAAUAAAUUUAUUUUCUUGGAUC